UCCUACUUCGGGCAGCUGCCCUCCUCUAACACUGGUUUUUAGUGGUGCAUGCACUAUUUAAACAACUCUUAACUUUCUCAGUCUUCAACCGAUUUUCUUACGGUUUGUAAUAAGGCAAACCGUUUGUAAACCUGUUAAUAUUUCAUCGAGUUAUAAGUAUUUUUAUUUGAGCCGUGCACUCACCCUCAGCUAGAGAACGGUUACUGUCCGAAGUAAGAUGGCCGCCGUGUAAGGAUGUAGCUAAUAGCUGCUGGAAAUCUCGUAGCUUUCCGUGACUGGCUGCCACAGCCACGAUUUGAGCCUGCUGUCUCGUGAGAAUGUUCAACAAGAAGCCCCGGAGAAACUUUCGGCAGAGGAAAGAGAGCUCCAGUGACAACGAGGAGGAGCGAAAGAACAAUGGAGAAGGAGAGGAAAGCGAGAAGGUCCCUUCAGCCGUAAAUAAACCUCUUAAAUCGGCGCAGGGCCGCGGCAUCUCUGCUAGCUCCAAGCGAGCAACGCCUCCACCUUCGGAUAGCAGUGACGGAGAAGAACGGGAGGAAUUAACAGAAGGAGAGGAGCAAGAUGAGCCAAAGAAAACCAAAACAUUAGUUCUUAGUUUUUCUGACGACAAAGAAGUUGAAGAAUCCACUUUUAAACUGAAGAGGUCGUCUGAUAAAGCUGUGUUGUUUCAUGUGAGGAAGAAAGAGGCUCCCCCUGCCAGGACCAACAAAGCCUCGGGAGUUGGUGUCCCAUCAGGUAGUUCUCCCAGGCAUGAUUAUAGCAGUGAGGCUUCACCACAGUCUCUGCAUCACGAUGACAACAAUAGUGGUGAUGAAGAUGAUGCCAAAUCUCCAUCCUCUGACUCAGACUCCAGCAGUUCUGCUACAAAACCAAUAGUUAUACCCAAAGCUGAGGAAAUCCAUGCUGCCAGGAAGAAGCGUCGUGCUGCCCGAGCCCAGAAGGAGUUCAUUUCACUGGAUAGAGAUGGUCGUAGCUCAACUGGCAGCACCCCGAGUCACUAUAGUAGAGAUGAUGAAGAAGAUCAAAUCGAUAAUGAUGACGAUGAUCCGGAUGACCACGAGAAACGAAUUGAAUUCGCUCCACAAAUGAAAAGCAUCAGGGAAAGGAUUGCUGAGCAACUAGGAGGCAGUGAUGAAAGUCUCUCAGGCACUGAUGAAGAAGAGCAGGAUCUUUGGGAGCAGACUCAAAUAGAAAAAGGAUUCAAGAGGCGACCAGGGGAGCAAAGCCCAUCUGGCAGUGAAUCCAGCAGCAGCAGCAUCAUCAUCAACAGGCGAGACCAAGGAAGACAGAAGAAGAGACCAGCGGGGCUCAAAAUCCCAAAGACUCUUGCUCCUGUCUCCGUGUCGAUGGUUAAGAGAAGAAUCACUGGAAAACUGGACUCCUUGAAGGAGGUGCACCGAGCGAGGCAGGCCGAGCUGAGGAGGAUGGCGGGUGACGCUGAGAACGCUAAAUCUUCUGUGGAGAUCCUGGAGGAAAGUUCAUCAGAGAGUCAGCUCAAGUUUUACAGAAACAUGACCCUUUACGUUCACAACCUCGUCGAGUGUCUGCAGGAAAAGAUUGUUGAAGUCAACUCUUUGGAAGUGGAGAUGCACACUCUGCUGUCUGACCAGAGGGAGGCGCUGUUGGUUCAGAGACGAAAGAGGAUUCAGGCUCGGGCUGAGCGCCUGCAGCAGCUCAGCUAUAAAUCAGAUGAGCAGAGCAGCGGCUCGCCUAGUGAGACAAAAACACAGUGUGAAACCGACACAGCUGAAAAGACAGAUGAAGACUUUGAUUUAUACAGAGACCCUGAACUUUCUUCAGAAGAAGAGGAGCAGAUGCAGAAAGCAAUAGCUGAUAUCCAGUCUAGGUCCCAGCUGGUCUUUUCUGAUGUCCAAGACGACUUCUGCGAUGUUAAAAAGAUUCUGUCUCGCUUUGAAGAAUGGAGAAGAUCUUAUUCAGAGUCCUACCACAAUGCCUACAUCUCUCUGUGUCUGCCCAAGCUGCUGAAUCCCAUCAUUAGACAUCAGCUGCUGGCAUGGAACCCUUUAAAAGACACCAAUGGAGACUUUGAAAACCUCCCAUGGUUCACAGCAGUGGAGACAUUUUGUCAUGGCCAUGACCACGAGGAGCUGGAGCAGACAGACAGGCAGACGCUCUCUAAUGUCAUCGAAAAAUCCCUCCUGCCUAAAAUAACCGCGUUCGUGGAGCUGGUGUGGGACCCCAUGUCUGACCAACAGUCGUCCUGUCUGUCUGAUGUUUGUCACCGACUGAAGGAGGAUUAUUCCAUCUUUGAAGGAGAGCAGAGUAAACCGGUUAAGGGCUUCAUUGAGGCUGUGAUCCAGAGCCUGAGGAGCUGUGUGGAUGAAGAUGUCUUUAUUCCUCUGUAUCCUAAAAAACUUUUAGAGGAAAGCUCGUCUCCUCAGUGCCGUUUCAGGGACGAGCAGUUCUGGACAGCUGUGAAACUGCUAAGGAACAUGGGAAAGUGGGAUCUGCUGCUUCCCGAGUCUGUUUUAAAAGAAAUAAUGUUGGACAAACUUCUGAACCGCUACCUGAUGAUCACAUUGUGCAGUCAGACGCUCUCCGGCAGUAGUGCUGCCUCCGCAUGCCAAAAGAUUGCAGAAUGUCUGCCUGUUCUGUGGUUUGAAGGAGAAACUGUUUGUCCGCCUCAGCUUCAGAGUUUCAGAAACUACCUAGUACAGAAAGUGCACAGCAUCUGCAAACAGCAGCCUCCCCAGGACCCAAACACCAGGUCUGCAGUGGUUGAACAACUGAAGGUUUUAAGUAGAAUCAGGAGCUACGACGCCAUCAUGGCUUUAACAGGGAAGUACCACUAUGAAGAUAUGGUCUACUCUCACCAGCUGCUGAACCAAGAGACAGUUUGAACCAGAAAUCCUGAAGCAAAACUGGUUCUGACUCAUCAGCCAUGUGUAAAAACGAAAACAUGCACAAACUUUGGAUCAAAAUGUCAAAAGGGGAGAAAAUUUUUAUGUGUUCUUUACAAGAGUAUUUUUAUGAGUUAAUAAAAUGUUCUACUGUA